CACUUUCUAUACGGCUCUGACGCACAUACAAACUACGUCUUGACGUCGAUUUCCGGCAAGACUGACUUCCCAGCCGGAGUGGUGAACAAGAAAGAUGUCAGAGGUUUAUUUACAGGCGGGAAACGAGAUGCCGAGCAAAAAGCAAAAAUUAAGCAGCGACGAAAACAGCAACCCUGAUCUUUCAGGAGACGAAAAUGACGACGCUGUGAGUGUUGAGAGUGGCACGAACAUUGAGCGCCCAGACACACCCACUAACACAGCCAAUGCCCCUGGGAGGAAGAGCUGGGGGAAGGGCAAGUGGAAGUCCAAGAAGUGCAAGUACUCCUUUAAGUGCGUCAACAGCUUGAGGGAGGACCAUGGUCAGCCGCUGUUUGGGGUGCAGUUCAACUGGCACAGUAAGGAGGGUGACCCACUGGUGUUUGCCACUGUAGGCAGCAACAGAGUGACCCUCUAUGAAUGCCAUUCUCAAGGGGAGAUUCGCCUCUUGCAGUCCUAUGUGGAUGCUGAUGCAGAUGAAAACUUCUACACCUGUGCCUGGACAUUUGACAACAGCACCAGUCACCCCCUGCUAGCUGUGGCAGGGUCGCGUGGCAUCAUCCGGGUUAUUAACCACAUCACCAUGCAGUGUAUUAAGCACUAUGUUGGACAUGGUAAUGCCAUCAACGAGCUCAAGUUUCAUCCGAGGGACCCCAAUCUUCUCCUCUCUGUUAGCAAAGAUCACGCUCUGCGACUGUGGAACAUCCAGACGGACACACUGGUGGCCAUCUUUGGUGGAGUAGAGGGCCACAGAGAUGAAGUGCUCAGUGCCGACUUUGAUUUGCUGGGUGAGAAGAUCAUGUCAUGCGGAAUGGACCAUUCUCUGAAGCUGUGGAGAAUCAACUCUGAGCGGAUGCAGAAAGCCAUCCGAGGGUCCUAUGAGUAUAAUCCCAGCAAGACCAACAGACCGUUUGUGUCACAGAAGAUUCACUUCCCAGACUUCUCUACGCGAGAUAUCCACAGGAACUAUGUAGACUGCGUCCGCUGGCUGGGAGACUUGAUCCUCUCUAAGUCUUGUGAGAAUGCCAUUGUGUGCUGGAAACCGGGCAAGAUGGAGGACGACAUUGACCACAUCAAACCCAAUGAGUCAAAUGUGACCAUCCUUGGCCGCUUUGAUUAUGGUCAGUGUGACAUCUGGUACAUGCGCUUCUCAAUGGACUUUUGGCAGAAGAUGCUUGCUCUGGGGAACCAAGUGGGAAAGCUUUACGUCUGGGAUCUAGAGGUGGAGGACCCUCACAAGGCCAAGUGUACCACUCUAACAUUGCCCAAGUGCACAUCAGCUAUUCGACAGACGAGCUUCAGUCGUGACAGCAGCAUCCUUAUUGCUGUUUGUGAUGAUGCUUCAAUCUGGAGAUGGGACAGACAGCGAUGAACAGUCUGAUGAACCAAACCAUUUCUUGCUCAGUCACCCCCCACCCCCACACCACUUGCCUGUUAUUCAUGCAUUUAUCUUAUGGACUCCAAUAAAAACAUUUUUUA